UUAGGGAUACUGCUUGCACGUUGACAAGGCUUCUGCUGACCAUCAAGACCCUGUGCGGUCGAGAGACGCUCUCCCGAAGGCCUUUGUGGAAGGAAAUGGCCCCGCGCUAGGCGGGCCGUGUGCCAAAAUGGGCUCAAGAGGCGCAGGAGCCGGCUGAGCAGCAGUAAUGGUUAACAAGAAAAGCAAGGGGCCUAAGGCCAAGGGGCCUAAGGCCCCGGCCAAGAAGCAGCAGGAGCCGGCGAAGGAGCUCACACAGCAAACGCCCCAGGAGCGCGUUGCGCUGGUGCGCCCCCUGUGGGAGACGCUUGAUCAAGCGGAACGCAUAAAUCUCCUGACGAUUGAUUUGGACAGCUUGAGGGCGCGUGCAAAGCAGCUCGCGGAGGCAGCGCGUCAGCAGGCCGUUGCGGAUGCGCCGGAGGGCGAGCCGCUGGACCCGGCGCUGCUGGAGCUGGAGCCGUCCAUCGAGGACGUGCUGGAGGAUGGGGUGAAGCGGCUGAAGGAAAAGGGGACGUGGAAGCUGUGGCAGUGGCCCGCCGACGGGGCGGAGAUGUUUGACGCGGAGGCGUUCAGGCAGCACAUCACGGAAAAGCACAUUCGCGAGGAGCUGCGGCGGCUGCUGCCGCGCGACGAGGGCCGGACCACGGAGAAGCCGGCGGAGGCGGCGUUCCGACAGCGCAUGUCCGACCUCAUGGCCAAGGUGCAGGCCUCCAACAACGCCAACAGCCUGCGCCCCUCCCCCACCGCCGCCACGGGCGCCGACGGAGACGCGGCAGCGGCGCGGCCGCGGCGGCGCGGCGACCCCGGCUCCUACCUUCGCGACGCCAACAUUGAGCUUCUAGGCGUUCUGCUGGAGGCGCUGGCGCGCGAGAACGACCACCUGUACCACUCACUCCUGGUGCCCAUCACGGCCUACGUCAUGGAGAUGCUGCCGGAGGGGCACCGGGAGACCACCAAACUGGAGCUCAGUUUUGAGGACCUGGAGAACCUGGCUCCGGACGAUGUGACGCGCAUCGUGGAGUGGCUGACGGAGAAGGUGGACGCGCUGUCCACCAAGCUCAAGCCGGAGCUGAAGGACGAGGAGGAGGAGGACGAGGAGAACAUGGGCGACGUGGACCUGUGGGCCCUGGCGGAGGAGGGCAGCGCGCUCACCGUCAACGGCAAAUGGCUGCAGCACCUGCAGGACCGGCUGCUGGGCGAUGACGGCCACCCGCGCCGCUCCAAGGCGGCCGAGGACCCGGGGCGCAACGGGCUGGUGCUGGAGUGGGUGUACGGCAGCAUUGUGAGCACGGCGGAGAAGGCGCGCGACGGCGCCAAGCGCUGCCUGGGCAUGCAGCUGCCCACCGCCGCGGACGCGCACCUCACGCUCGUCAGGGCGCUGGACGAGCACCUAUCGUGGGAGAGCCGCGCCAAGCAGUGCCGAGAGCUGCUGAGCGAGAUGCUCAAGAGUCGGCUUGAGGCGGCGGAGCUGGGCAAGCAGGGCCACGACCUGCGGCCCGUGCCCAACCCCAAGCGCGAGGGGCCAGUCGACGCCACCACGCCGCUGCUGGAGGACUCGGCCGCCAGCUCCUCCUCCUCCGGGGAGCCCGGCGCCGGCGCGGCUCCCCCGCGGCCGCUGCCGGACGAGGUGUUGCUGUUCAUGCUGCGGCGGGAGGCCUUGCUGACGCGCGCCAAGCUGCACUACCUGGUGUUUGAGCACAUCAGCCAGGAGAAAGACCUGCGCAUCCUCAAGCAGCUGCUGCGCCAGGGCGAGCCCGAGUUCGAGCGGCUCAAGCGCGAGCUGGACGAGGUGAAGCACGCGCCGCGCGGCAUGGACGGCGCCUACCGCUCCGCCGCCGAGAUGGACCGCCACCGCCACCAGCUGGAGGUGCAGACCGCCUUCCGCGAGCAGGGCGCGCGGCUGCAGGCCGCCUACGACAAGAAGCAGAACGCCGAGUACGCCAUGGCCAAGCGGGAGACGGAGAUCAAGCAGCUGCAGGGCUGGAAGGGCACGGUGGACAACCUGGUGGACAAGUUCCAGGAGCUCAUCACCGCGCGCAGCGAGCGCCAGGCGGCGGCGGCGGCCGCCGCCGCCGCUUCCGCCGCCUCGUCCGGCGACGGCGGCGGCGCCACGGCCUCCGCCAGCACGGACACGGAGCUGGACGGCGAGUCGUACGUGGGGUCGCUGACGCCGACGCAGUACAUCCAGCUGACCAAGAUGCGCAACCACUUCAACAAGGACGUGCGCAAGCAGCUGUACACGGACGCCGACGACCGCACCUUCUUCGACAACCUCAAGACCGCGCUCAAGGCCAUGGAGCGGCGCCUGGAGGACAGCUGCGUGGCGCUCCAGCACCUGGAGAUGCAGCUCAUCAACGUGGCCUGCGACGACCCCGGCGUGCUCAUCGGCGGCCAGCUGGCGCUGCCGCUGCUGCAGGAGCGCCUGGACGGCCGCGGGCUGGAGGCGGCGGCGCAGCGGGCCAAGCUGGCGGAGGACGAGGUGCUACGCAUGGAGCUACUUGCUGCCGAGCGCGAGGCCGCUGAGCGCGAGCGCAAGAAGGCCGCCAAGGCAAAGAAGAACGAGAAGGCCAAAAGCGAGAAGGAGCGGUUGGCCGCGGAGAAGGCCGCCAAGGAGGAGGCGGAGCGCGCGGCAAAGGAGGAGGCGGAGAAGGAGCGCGUGGUCCGGGAAGAGGAGGAGCGGCGCAAGCGCGCGGAGGCGAUGGAGGAGGCGCGAAAGGCGGCGGAGGUGGCGAUGGAGCAGCGGCGCAAGGAGCUGCUGAGCGACGAGAACGGCUACUGGCGGCAGCGCAUGAUGCUGGAGGAGCGGCUGACGGCGGCCGCCGGCAGCGGCAGCGGGGGCCGCAGCGGCAGCUCACAGAGUGGCGGCGGCGCGCCCGCUGGUGCAGUGGCAGCGGGUGCGCGUCCGGGCUCGUCUUCUUCGUCCACAGGCUUGGGGGAGGAGCGCCCGGCGCGGGCAGGCUCGUCUUCGCCGGAGCCGGCGGCGGACGCCGCGGGCUCCAGCGCAAGUGCCGCCACAGAUGAGGGCUUUGUGACGGAGAGCCGCCGGCGGCGGAACGCCCAGGACACACGGGACCAGGAUGAGGAGGUGGCGUCGGGGCCCGGGUCAUCGCAGGGCCAGGGGCAGGGCCAGGGCGGCGCCCGGAGCGCCCUGCGCAGCGGCAGCCGGGACCGCAUGGGGCAGCGCGAGGGCGGCGGCGCAGGGCCACGCGGCGAGCACGCGCGCGACCGUGAGCCGCGGCGGGCGCAGCAGCAGCAGCAGCAGCAGUCGGGGUCGUCGGGCGGCGCAGCGCCGCAGUCGCAGCAGCAGUCGCAGCAGCAGUCGCAGCCGCAGUCGCAGCAGCAGCCGCGGGGCGGGGCGCGGGAUGCGCCGGGCGGGCGGCAAGCUGGCAGCAGCGCAGGCCGGCCGCCGGCGGUGCCGCCGCCGUCACGAGCUGCAGGAACGCCUGCAGCGGCAGCUGUAGCAGAGGCACAACCGGAGCCUGUGCCCUCAACGGCGUCUGCCGCUGCUGUUCCCGCUCCCGUGCCCGUGCCUAGUCCCGGGGCAAUCCCCGAGGCAGCGGCAGCGCAGCCACAUGCGAGUGCCUCGGCUGCUGCUGCUGCUGCAACGGCGGCCGGCACGGCACCUGACGUGGCCAGUGCCUCCUCUGUGCCUGAGGAGGCGAUCCUGUUUGGUGACAUUCCUGUCAUUCCGUCGUCUUCGUCGUCCGGCAGCGCUGCGCCCUCGGCAACACCGGCUGCUGCUGCGGCGGCUUCGGAAGCGGCGGCGAAUAAGACGCAGUCGGAGCAGGCGGCACAGCCGCCGCAGGCGGCCAGUCAGGCGGAGCAGCAACAGCAGCAGCAACAGCAGUCGCAGCAACAGCAGCAGCAACAGCCUGCGGGGUCCGCCAUGAGCAACAUGCAGCCGCCGCCGCCGCCCGGGCCCGGGCCUAUGAGUCUGCAGGGCAUGGCGGGUCCGCAAGGCAUGGCGCCGCCGCAGGGCCACCGGCACCCCCACGCGCCCCACGGGCACGGCAACGCGCCGCCGCCGCCGCAGUUCGUGCACAUGAACGGCGGCAUGCAGGGCGGCCCGCCGCCCAUGCCGCACCCGAUGGGCCCGCCGGGCGGCAUGCCUGGGAAGCAACUGCCGCCCGGCACCAUCCUUGUGCCCAUGGGCCCCGGCGGCCCGCGGCCGCACAUGGCUCCGCCGCCACCGGGUAUGGGCGGCGCCAUGGUGCCGCGCGGCAUGCCGCCGCCGCCGCACGGCGGCCCCGGCGGCCCAGGGCCCAUGAUGCCCGGCGGGCCGCCACCGCCCGGGCAGGUGCCGGGCAUGCGCGGCCCUGCGCCGCAGGGGCCGGGCGGCCCGCCGCCGCCGCCGCCGGGCGCACAGAUGAUGCUGGCGCCUGCCCACAUGGCGCAGCACCCCGGCCACCCCGGCCACCCAGGCCACCCAGGCAUGCACGGCAGCAUGGCAACCCACCCCGGCUCGCUGCCCAUCGGGCCCAUGCAGGCCAUGUAUGUGUUCCCGCCGGGUGCCGCCCCGCCUGGCAUGGCGCCAGGGCCAGGGAUGCCGCCGCCGCACGGGCACGGACACGGCCACCCGGGCCACCCCGGCCACGGGCCUCCACCGCAGAUCCUGCACGUUCACAUAUCGGGCCACGUGCAGCUGCAGCCGCCGCAGCACCAACAGCACCAGCAGCACCAACAACACCAGCAGCAACAGCAGCAGCUGCCACCGCCACCCCCCAGGAGCCCGUCUGCAAACAGCAGCGGCGGCGGCGUAUCCGCAUCAGGCGCGGCCGCUGGCCCCAACAGCAGUAGCGGAGGCGGCGCCGGCGCGCAGGCCGGGUCCGUGCUGAAGCCGGGCAGCACGCUCAACGCCAACGCGCGCUCCUUCGUGCCCUCUGGCAAGCCCGCGUCCGGCCCCUCCACUAGCGGGCAGCAGCAACAGAUCGGCCGCGGAGGCCAGGGGCCGGCGCAGCUGCAGCAGCAGCCCGGGGGCUACGGCAACCGCCGCGAGCAGCGCGUCGGUGGCCGCCCAGGCCCCGGUGCGCCACCGCCGCCGCGCGACGGCGGCGUUGGUCCGUCGAGCCUUGCGGGCGGGCCCAGCGGGCGCAAGCUGGGCGGCCCGGGUAUGAUGGGCCCCACCAGCUCGCACGCGGCCAGCCACAUGCCGCCGCUGCCGCCCGGCGCGGACAUGGGCGUGGGGCCGGGCGGCAUGAUGCCGCCGCCGCCGCACGGCGUGAUGCCCGGCAUGCUGCCGCCGCCGCCGAUGAUGAUGGUCAUGGGGCCCAACGGCGUGAUGCCAGUGCCGGCGCCGCCGCACCCCAUGGGCCCGCCGCCGCCAGGGAUGGACGGGCCCGGCGAGCCUGGGCCAGGCGGCCCCAUGCCACCGCCACCUCAGGAAGCCGGCGGCGACGGACCGCCAGGCCUACCCAUGCCGCCGGCGCCGCCGCCGCAUCACGGCCACGUCGCGCUGCCGGUGGCGCCGGGGCCGCCGCGCAUGAUGCUGAUGGUGCAGCCCGGCAUGCCCGGCCCCGUUCCCAUGCCGAUCAUGCCGGUGCCCCUCGUGCCCGUGGCGCUGCCGCUGCCCAUGCAUCCAGCCGCCGCCGGCCCGGCCGGGCCUGCCGGGCUGGCGGGCCCCGGCGUCGACGGACCGCAGCAAAAAAACGGGCAGGCAGCUGAGUCGGUGAGGGCGGCCCUGACCGCGCAGCAGGAGCAGGCGGAGCAGGACGGCGCGCGCGACGGGAUGGACUCAGCUGCUUCGGCUUCGGCCGCAGCCCCAACCUCCUCCAUGACCCCCACGACUAGCAGUAGUAGUAGCAGCCAUAGCAGUAGCGGCGGCAACCUCGAGGUAUCGGCAGGCCCCGGGGCUCCCGAGGAGGGUGGCAACGAGGCGGCCGAGGAGGCGCAGGCGCCGCGCAAGGAGGCGCCCGGCGCGCCCGAUGCCACAGCAGCGGCGGCCGUGGAGGCCGCUGUGCCGGCCGCCAAGGCGGACAGGAAGCAGCACCACACGCAACAGCCCCGGCAGCCGGCCGCGACGGGACCUGCGCCCGCUAAGGCGCCGGCGGCGCCGCCCAGUUGGUCUGCGGUGGCGGCGCGACGCGACGCCGCCGCCGCCGCCGGCAGCGGCAGCGGCAGCAGCACGUCCCUGAGUGGCUUGGCGCAGGACGCCUUCCCGUCACUGGGCGCCGGGGCAAGCCCUGGCGGCGAGGCAGGCGCUGCCGCCAACCCGGCAGCAGGGGCCGCCGCCGUCGCCGCCAGCACUUGGAAGGCCCGGCUGCAUUUGGCCGCAGCCGGCUCGCCGGCGGCAGCGCCCUCGCCAGGCGCUGCCGUGACGCCGCCGCCGGCGCCGCUCGCCAACGGCACCGGCGCCGGCUUCGGCAGGUCGUCGCUGCCGGCGAGCGGACCGCCGGUGCCGAACGGCGUGCACCACAGCGGCGGCAGUGGCACCAGCGGCGGUGUCAGGGGCUCCAGUCCCCGUGGCACGAUGUCCGGCGCGAGCCUCCUCGCAAACGGUGCCGGCACGGAGCCGCGCGCUGGCCUGGCACCCCGGCCGGCCGGCAACCCCGUCUCGGGCUCGGCGGCGCUCAAUGGCCCGCCGUCGCAGCUGGUCGGCAGCCUGUCGCUACCGGCGGGCACUGCCGCCGCCGUAGGCGAGGGCGCGCUCAUCACCUACCACCCCGGCGUGCCGGGCGCCGCCGCCGGCCCCGGCGCCGCCGGCCCGCGGCGCCUGCGGCUGGUGCGCGGGCUGCAGAACUUGGGCGGCCAGCACAACUGCUUCCUCAACGUGACGCUGCAGGCGCUGUGGCACUGCGCCGCCUUCCGUGGCGCGCUGCUGGCCAUGGACCCAGAGGCCCUAGCGCCGCCUGCAGGAGGCCGCGCCGCCGCCGCCGCCGCCGCCGACCUGGUCGUCACGCGCGCGCUGGUGGACGUGUUCAGGGCGAUGGCGGCGCAGCCGCCAUCGCCAGCGGCGCCUGGCGGCGGCGCCGGCGCUGGCGCGCCGGCGUGGGUUGUGUCGCCGCUGCCGCUGCGCCAGGCGCUGAGCAAGCCGGAGACGGGCGCGGCAGCGGGCGUGCAGGCGAUGGACCUGGAGGAGAUGCACGACGCGUUUGAGGUGAUGCUGGUGCUGCUGACCUGCUGCCACCGCGCCGAGGCCGGCGCCGCCGGGGCGGGGCAGGACCCGCAGCUGCCGCGCCGCGUGCGCCUUCGCGACCUGCAGCUGCGCACCGCCGCCGCCGCCGCCGUUGGCGUCGCGGGGUACGGUGCCGGCACACCGGCGCCGGCGAACGGGCAUGCGAACGGUCAAAGCGCUUCGCAGGGGGUGAGUGCAGCAGCGAACGGCCACGCGCCGUCGUCGGCUGGAGGCUACGCUUCGGUUGUGGCAGGGCCAAAGACAGCGGCGGCGGUUCCGUCAGGAGGCAAGGCACCAGCGGAAUCAUCGCUGGUGCCGGCCACGGCGGCCCACAGCAUUUUCGGCAUUGAGGUGCAGGUGCCGGCAUCGUCGUCAUCCGCCGCAGACGACGACGCCGACGGCGCCAGCGGGCGCCAUACGCGGCGCCGCGAGUCCGGCACGGGCGGCGGCGACUCCCCCGCCUCAGCACUGGGGCUCGCACCCACAGCUGCGGUCUCUUCAGUAUCCGCGUCCGCCGCCUCCUCGGCGGCGCCGUCGCCUUCGGCAGGGUCGUACCUGGCGGCGGCGGCCGCCGCCGCGCGCCGCGCUGCCGCCGCCGCCGCGGCUCAGGACGGCGGCGAGGUACAGGUGUAUACCAAGUUCUUCCACCUGGUCCACGCCCAGGCGCUGAGGAAGGCCUUCGCGGUGCUGGGCGGCAACGACAGCGGCGCGUGCUUUGAGGACGUGCUGUGCGCCGCCGAGGCCGCUGGCGGCACCGACGGCGCCGCCAGUCCGCUGCUCAGCAUGCUGCUGGCAAACGGCGGCGCGGGUGUCGGAGCAGGAGGAGGAGGCAGCGCUGGCGGCGCGCCGCCGAGGCGCGCUGGGUCGUCAGGGGCGAUGUCAUCGGCGGCGGCGUCCGCGACGUCAGCGGGCGGCGCGGUGGCGAAUGGCGUUGGCAGCGCGGGUGCGGGCAGCGGCGCCGGCGGCGGGUCGGGGGGCCAGUUGCUGGUGCCGGGCUCGGUGGCGGCGGCGCACCCGCUGGCGACCCUGCUGCGCUUCCCCACCGUGUUCACACUGGCGCUGGUGUGGGAGAGCCCGCAGGCGCCCUCCGACGCACUGCGCGGUGUGCUGGAGGCUCUGGGUCCGCGGCUGGACCUGGCGCUGCUGUUCCGUCACGCCGCGCCGCCCGCCGCCGCGCCGCCCGCCUCGGCGCCCUGCGCUCUGCGCUCCGUCAUCUGCUACUUCGGCCACCACUACCUGGUGUUUGCUCUGAGCGAGGAGCUGGGGCUGUGGUUGAUGAUCGACGACGCCCACAUCGCAUUGGUGGGCCACUGGCCGGACGUGGUCAAGGCCAUGGCCGCCAAGCGGCUGCAGCCGUCGCUCAUGCUGUAUGAGGCAGAGCCCGUGCAGCUGCAGCAGUAGCAGCAGGCAGUAGCAGCAGGCAGCUGCAGGAAAAGCAGCAGGAAGCAUGGAGGGAGGGAGAGCAGCAGAGGCCGCGGGCGGUGCCGCCGGCUGGCACUGCAAGGCUGACAGCGGGCGAACGGCGGGAGGCGUGCUGAAGCACUGGAGCUACGGGUGGCGGGUGAGGUGGUGGAGACUGCAACACGGCAGCAAUAAUAGCAGCGACAGCAGCAGCUGAACUGGCAGUGCCGCUGCAGGGUUGGCGGCAUCUGCAGGAUACAUCAUAUGGUGGGGGAGGACCGGUGCGCGGGGCCACACCGCGCGGGAGUGCCAGGCACGCUGUGUGUGGCACUGACGCGCGUUCGGGAGGGGAGGAAGACUGGGCCUCGAAUGCCCGUCAUGGGGCGGUCAGGCGGUUGUUAGCGUACAUGGGGGCGGGCCUGGAUUUAACAGCCUGGAGCCAGGCCCGCGCCAGCACUAAGAGCUUAGGCAUCAAGAGACGGGCCUGCAAUGUGUGGAGAGAGGGAAGUUAAAUCAUCGACGGUGUUGCAGCCGCCAAUGUUGGUGCACACACGGCAUUGCAGCAGUGGGCCGGGAGGCGCUUGUGCGAAGUGCGGGCCACGCGUUUCAGGCCUGCUGGAGCCCCUACCGGGCCUGUUUCUAUAAACACAGAAGUGCGUCGCUUGUGUCACAGAUGUUGUGGCCCGGCGGUUUGUUGGCUUGUCGGGGGCCCGUACCCGGUCUGGUAGGUCCCAGCGGUCAAUCAGGCGGGCCCGCUGCAGCAGCCAACAUAAUGGUAAUGUGUAUAUGCGCGUGUGCGCGUUGUCUGUGUGUAUGUGUCAUACGCGCCGGGCGCCCAGUCGGGGGUUCAGGCAAACCUGAGAGACUUGGAUGCCGCUUGCAGCAUAACACACGGGUGUGUGUGUGUGUGAGAGCCAGACGAAGCGGAGGGUACGCUCUCGCCUUCGUGUGUUUGUCGCGUCGUUCUGUUUGUCCUCUUUUGAGCGCUUGUGUGUGUGUGUGUGUGUGUGUGUGUGUGUGUGUGUGUGUGUGUGUGUGUGUGUGUGUGUGUGUGUGUGUGUGUGUGUGUGUCUGUGUCUUUGGGUGCUUCAGAGAGCAGGCCAGAUCCAAACCGUUGAUGACUGCGCCAUACGCCAACACGUUUGCCAGCGGGGCCGAUGGGUCCUGCGGCAUAUUAGUAAUGUUUGGUGCGCAGGGGCCCUCGGCAGAUGACUCCAGAGUCCAGGGCAGGUAGAGGCACGAAGCCUGGUGAGAGGUGUGAGUGCCGUGGAUUCGACCGAGAUGAGUGCGUCCGCUCGCACGGGCCUACAGGACGCUAGGUGACAUUUUGGGUUGUGUGCAGCGAGGUGCCCGGCCAUGCGGUAUGAAUGGCCGGGCCUGUCUGGCUGCAGGGCAGAGGGAGGGCAGAGGAGCAGCGUGCGAUUUAGAGGUUAGGUCGCGCACCUAACGGCUACCGCGGUGGCGAGGUAGGCGGGUUCUUAAGGGGCCCCGUCGAAGAGGACGCACGUGCGGCACAGCUGAGUACGGCAUGGCUAAAGAGCAGGCUAGCCUGCUGGCCGCCCCCCUGAAGCAGGUUACCACAGGGAGGGUACCGUCAAGGGUAAGGCCGCAGUCUUGAGUAGGGUAGCAUUAUGGUAGUACAGCUGGUUAGAAAGGAUGCUUGUUGGGCCGCUGGGCGUUUCCCGCUCCUGGUCGCCACCGGAAAUGGGUCAGGAGACGGGCUCACGGCACCUGUUAAGUUAAUGAGUCUGCAGUACCGUUGCGGCGUUGCCUCAAUUGAGAGGGUACGGUCGGGACGCGGCAGAGGGAAGUCAGGAGAGCCGGCAGUGAGCCGGCAAUUCCCACGGGCCAUGCAGCCCAUGCUAAACGACGCUGGCCU